AUGGGCCUCAGAAGUUUGGGUACCAUUCGAAAGAACCGCUUGAUGGGUUGCACAUUGGAAGAAGAUCGAGACCUCCUACGAAGAGGAAGAGGCAGCUUUGACUUUCGUGUAGACAACAAUGCAAAGCUUGCUGUGGUCAAAUGGGCAGACAACUUCUGGGCUGCUUCUGUCAGCCCAGUUGGCCAAGUGAGACACUACUCCAAAGAGGAAAAGAAGAAGAUAAGCGUGCCAUGCCCGAAGAUUGUAUCUGAGUACAACACUCACAUGGGAGGAGUAGAUUUGGCUGAUAUGAUGAUUGCCCUCUAUCGCACUCCAGCCAAGUCACAUCGAUGGUACCUGGCCAUAUUUUGGCAGAUGGUUGACAUUGCUGUCAAUAAUGCCUGGCUUCUCCAUCGUCGUGAUGCAGCCCAACUGGGUCAGAAACAUCAUUGCCUGAAGGUCUUUAGGUUGGAUGUUGCCAAAGGACUCAUCUACCCUGAAAAGCAAAAAAGGGGUCGCCCCUCCAGAGGAAACGAAGACAACACACCACCAAGAGUAAUCAAACAGCCAAAAGUCCCCAGGCCUGUGGAUGAUAUGAUAUAUGACAGGAUUGACCACUUCCCUAUCGUGUCAGUGAAAGGCCGAUGCAGGAUGUGCCAGGAUGGACAGACCUCCAUCGUGUGUCAGAAGUGCAAAGUGAGGCUUUGCAUUGUCACAGGCCAAAACCCUCGCAACUGUUUCAACAGCUUCCACUGCCAGUAA